CCAUGACAUGAGCGCCGCCGCAGCGCCGCGCUCGAUGCUGCCGCAGAGACAGAGGUGGCCGCCGGACCAUCGUCUCCCAGACCAUCGCGCGCAUCCCAACCAAACCCCGCCUCCGCCUCGUCCGCGCCCGCCUGAACCUUCACCGCGCCGCGCCCGCCGUCGCCUCGCGCCCCUGGAGCCGUCGGUCUACGCGGGCCUCCUCCGGUGCGCGUCGCGAACCCGGUCGCUGGCGCUGGCCAGGCUCGCGCACUCCCACAUGGUCCGCGCCGGCUACCGGCCGGGCCUGUUCCUGCGCAACAACCUGCUCGCCGCCUACACCCGCUGCGGCGACAUGCUGUACGCGCGCCUCCUGUUCGACGGAAUGCCGCGCCGGGACGCCGUCUCCUGGAACACGCUCAUCGCAGGGUACUCCAGCCAGGGCUCCCCGCGCCUGGCGCUCUGCGCGUUCCGCGACGCGCGGCGGGAUGGAGGCGUCGCCGUGGAUAGGUUCACCUACGCCACGGUGCUGGCCGCGUGUGGUGGCGUGAGGGACGGGAGGAGCGGACGGGCUGCGCACGGGCUGGCCGUGGUGAGCGGGGUUGCGCGGACUGCGUUCGUGACCAACUCGGUGAUCGACAUGUACGCCAAGUGCGGGAUGAUUGAUGAGGUGAGGCUGGUGUUUGAUCGGGCGCAGGAGCGGGAUGAGGUUUCGUGGAACCUGCUGCUGUCGGCGUACGUGCGGAUGGGGUGGCCUGAGGUAGCGGUAAAUGUGCUUGUCUGGAUGCACCGGUCAGGGGUGAAGCUGGAUGCUUUCGCUUUGGGUGGGAUCCUGAAGGCUUGCUCUGAGCUCGAGGAUUCGGAGGAUGUUCGCAUGAUGUUGCAUGGUUGUGUGAUUAAGGUUGGUUUGGACUUGGAUUAUUUCGUAGGGAGUGCAAUGGUGGACAUGUACGCAAAGAACGGUGGGUUGGAGGAGGCCAUCAAGGUGUUUGAUUGCAUUCCGGGCCAGAAUGUGGUGAUUUACAAUGCCAUGAUAGCAGGGUUUGCUAGGUUAGGUAAUGAGCCGUGCACUGAGACUAGAAUUGAAGCGGUCAGGCUUUAUGCAAACUUGCUCCAGAGGAGGAUAAGACCCUCCAAGUUUACGUUCAAGAGUGUGCUUGAAGUCUGCAAUUUGACCAAUGCGGUGCGAUGUGGGAGGCAGAUACAUGCCCAUGUUAUCCUUAGUGGGUUUCAAGAUGACGAGUUCAUUGGAAAUGCAUUGAUUAAUCUGUAUGCAAAAGCACGGUUAGUUGAUGAUAGUCUGAGAUGCUUCAACAGUACUCCCAAGCGAGAGAUUUUUACAUGGACAUCUAUGAUUACAGCAUUUGUGCACGAUGAGCAUCCUGAUAAGGCUCUAGACUUGUUCAAAGAGCUUCGUUACCUGGAAAAGGAGCCAGACCAAUUCACCAUGUCAACUGUGAUGACUGCCUGUGCUGCUUUGAGUGUACCAAUAACAUGUGAGCAGAUACAUUGUUAUGCAGUCAAAUCUGGAUUCGAUCAGUUUACUUGUUGUGGCAAUUCUCAGAUUGAGAUGUAUAGGUGUGCAGGUGAUCUUAAGGCUGCAAACAAGUCAUUCGAGACAAUAUCAUGUCUGGAUACAUUCUCAUGGUCUCAGAUGAUCUUGAGCUAUGCAGUGCAUGGCCAUGAAAGAGAGGCUCUACUGCUCUUCAAGAAAAUGGAGGAUUGUGGUGUCAUGAAAAAUGAGUUUGCAUUUCUUGCUGUUCUUGUUGCUUGCAGCCAUCAGAGACUGAUCAAUGAAGGUUUCAGGCAUUAUGAGAGCAUGGUGUCAGAUUAUGGCUUUGUCGGGGAUGUGAAGCAUAUAGCUUGCAUGGUUGACCUCCUAGGCCAUGCUGGGAAGGUGGCUGACGCUGAAGAUUUCAUAAUGGGGUCUGGAUUAGAAAAUGAUGCAGUACUUUGGCAUGCACUAUUGCGUGCCUGCAGAAUCCAUGGGGACAAAGAUAGGGGUAUAAAAAUAGGGGAGAAACUAAUAAUGCUCGAGCCUUGUGCUGCCAGUUCCUAUGUCAUGCUGUACAACCUGUACAUGGAUGCUGGCAAAAUCUCACUUGCUAUGAGGACAAGAGGUCAGAUGAGAGAGCGAGGAAUGACUAAGGAGGCUGGGAUUAGUUGGGCCGAGUUUGGAGGAUCCAUACAUCAAUUUGUUGAUGGAGAUAAUUCUUGCUCACAGAAAGCUGAAACUUUCACAAGAUUGGAAGAGUUGUUGGUCAGUGUGAAACAAAAGACACAGCAUUUCGGAAUGAAUGUUUGGGAGAUGGGAUUCCAAGCCAGAAAGGUCGGUGAGAACUCAAUCAGCAAACAUGGUGAAUUGUUAGCGGUGGCUCAUGGGCUGACUACUUUGCCAAACUCUGCUCCUGUAAGAGUUAUGAAGAACCAAAACAUGUCCUGGGAAAGCCACGAGACGCUGAAAUUGCUAUCCGAAGGUGAAAACAGGGAAAUCAUUAUCAGAGAUCCAGCUCGCUUUCAUCAUUUUAGUCAAGGUUCAUGCUCUUGUCGAGACUACUGGUAACCAGAAGCCAUAUACGUCUCCUCUGGAGUAAGAUACUUAGAUGAAGUUGCAACUGGCAGCUGGUGUUUAGUGGAACUGAACAUGCAAGUAAAUCAAGCCUACUUGCAAAGCCACCUGGCCCAAUUGGUUGGGUAAGGUGACAUGAUUGCAGUGAAAACAACAUGUGGCACAAUUGGUUGGGUAAGAUGAUUGUGGUUAAUGAUAUGCACGUCCAGAGCAUUGAUUCAUAAUGAUAAACAGCCAUCGAGGAAGUUGCGGACAGAAUGUUUGGUGCUGCUGGUGAUUUUGAAGUUUACUGCGUCUCACACUCUCACUAGACAGCUAGAAGCCUAGAAGGGGACACGAUGAAUGGAUUUGGACAAGUGUCGAUGACGAAGUAACAUGAAUAUCUCCUGUUUGGCUAUGGUAGGCAGUCUACCAGCACACCUCAAAGCUUAUGUGCAGUGUGCAUCACAGGUUUGUCCAUUGGAUGCGUAGGCCAUAGUAACUGGGAACUAGCAGAUACCUGACAUCUUACCUUUUGAAGCUGAAGGUUUUUUUGCCCCACAACCUGGCGAUAGAGUCCCUCAUUUAGGCUCACUGAUUUCCUUAGUAGAAUUAGGCAUAAUUACAGCUGAUACAUGUACAUAUAUGCAUUCCUUGUCUACUUAUAAAGUUUUGCAACUGGGGAAGUGUAUAUAACAC